CUGUCAGUGCCAUGGGUAUAAAAGGGCCCGUGGCUUGCGAUCGGCUCUGCAUCUCGCUUCGAUUUCGAUCUCCUGCCUCGCAUUGAUCUCCUAGCUGCUUGCUCGUUUCGCUCCUCUUUAAUUAUUUGCUCGAUCGAACGACGGCAAUGGCGUCCGGUGGCGCGUCGCUGGCCUUGGCCGCCCUGCUCCUCGUGGGCUGCGUCGCGGCGGCGGCGGCGACCAAGUACACCGUCGGCGACACCUCCGGCUGGACGACCACCGGCGAUUACGCCACCUGGGCCAGCGGCAAGAAGUUCAAAGUCGGCGACACUCUCCAGUUCACGUACGCCGGCGGCGCGCACACGGUGGACGAGGUGAGCGCGGCGGACUACGCCGCCUGCUCCUCCAGCAACGCGCUCCGCAGCGACAGCGCCGGCUCCACCACCGUGACCCUCAAGACGGCCGGCAAGCACUACUUCAUCUGCGGCGUCGCGGGCCACUGCAGCAGCGGCAUGAAGCUCGUGGUGGACGUCGCCGCGGCCAAGACGUCGCCCGCCCCCGUUCCGGCGCCGGCGCCGGACGCCGCGGACACCACCCCGGACGCCACUCCCGCCACGACCACGACCCCCAAGUCGCCCUCGAGCUCCGGCGGCGCCACGGCCAAGACCCCGGUCACGGUCCUCUCGCCGCCGGCCAAGAAGUCCACCUCCGGCGCCGCCGGGCUCAGCGCCGCCGCGUGGGCCGGCGUGGGCCUGGCCGGGCUCGUGGCCGUGCACCUCGGCGCGUUCUAGGGCCCACUGCCAGGGCGGAGGCACUGCUUGCUUGUUUUAUUCUCGUUUUAUUUUCAUAUUAAAUAGGAUGCACGCCAUCGAUUCACGUAUUGGUUGAGGACCUGAGAGGUUUCUUUUGAUCCAGGCAACUAGUGCUUUUGCUACGCGGCGCUGGUGGCAGAUAGUUGAUGGAUACUUGGAUAUUAUGCUCUUGUUAUCAUAUUCUUUUCAUGCCUUUUUUAUCAAUAUGUUUCACUUCUAUUACAUUUUCUACGGAAAA